AUGCGUGCCUCAUUGAAUUGCCUUUAUUCAAAUAACCUUUACUUGCCCACUCAGGUUGUGAGAGAGUCGCUCGUCUGCUGUGGCAUUGUCGGUCAUCAGGGGAUUAAGGAGCAUAUAUUUUCGGUGGAGGUGACAUGCCAGUUUGUGACCCCCAUACUCAGCAUGUCCUCCCAGAAACUGAAUUUCUACAUCGAAAAGCUCCCGGGGGAAGAUCUUACCCAACUCUAUGAGGAGCUGGUUUUAAAGAACGUCUCAUCUUUGUCGCUAUCCAUGGAGCUCUCACUCGCUACUCCUUUCUCCCUGUGCGAGGCCCGAGGAGUCCAGAGUACUGCUAACAUUAAAAACAUCGCAUUAGUUCAAGGGGAAGAAACUCGCUUGUGGAUAUGUUUUGAUCCAACUUGCUUCCAUGGUCAGCUGUCACAAGUGGUGGACCAGACCCUCAAUAUUUGCUACAAAGGACACCCACAACAGGACAAGGUGGAAAUGCAUGCUGAAGUCCAUUAUCCCAACCUCCAUUUUUCCUCCACCACAGUGGAUUUUGGCAGCGUCCUCAACUCCACAGAAAAUCACCAGGAAGUCACCAUGACAAACUGUUCCCCACUACCGGUAUUUUACCACUGGGCCUGUUUGGUGGAUCAUACACAUUGUGUCGUCAGGUCUUCUGACCCCUCUGUACCUGCUCUCAGCGAGGAAGGUAUUAUCCCAGACCCGGACGUCUCAGAAUGCUCUGUGUGUGUGCAAGAGAUUUUUGAUGUCUUACCAAUGCAUGGACAUCUGAAACCCGGCGAGCAGCAGUUGGUCACGUUCAUCUUCCACGGCCAGGACUUUGUUACCCGAGAGGUGGUCGCACAGUGCCAAGUAGAACAUGGACCGAUAUAUAAUAUUGAACUCAGAGGGGAAGCAUCAGAGAUCAGCUUCAGUCUGGAUUCAACUACCGUUGACUUUGGCCUACAGCGUUUUGAUCAAAUUGGCGAGUCAACUGUAAUUCUGAGGAAUACUGGAAAGGUGGGCUUUAAAUUCGCUACUGAAAAGCCACAAAAAAAGAAGACAGUGGAACAGGAGAAGCAAGAUACCAUGAUGGAAAAUGAGGAUGAGCAGAACGAGGAAAUCCGACCUGGUCAACCAAAGGUCAUUCCAGCUACGGGUUACAUUGACGCUGGCUCGAAAUAUUGUUUGCGUGUGCUCUACCUUCCUGGCAUCCCUGAGAAGUUUGAAAAGCAGUUUCAACUGGAUGUUGCUCACUUACCACCACAGAUUAUCACACUCACAGGCGAGGGAGUGUUCCCGAAGAUCUCCCUGAAUUUGCCUCGCAGCCUAGCUAAGGAGAGCCACAGUGAUGUGCUUGACCAGGCCAGAAAAACAGUCAAAAUGGAAGGAACCAGUGCCUUUGAUUAUGAACAGUUGCUUCUUUUGGAAAUUGAGAAAAUGCUGGUCACAGAAAAUGCUUUGGCUGUCAGCAAAAGCCUUCUGGAGGUGGGGAACUCCCAAGGUUCCACCAAAAAAUGGAACAAACUCAGCAAGUUCCUCCUCCCAGAGUAUGUUCUGGAUUUUGGUUAUGUUGUUCCGAGCCAAGUCCUCAAACAAACUGUUAAGAUUACCAAUAAUGGACCAUUACCUGUGUCCUUCCAUGCCAACUCCAAAGUCACUGCAGGUUUCAAAGUUGAAUUUGGUAGCGUAAGGAACCUUUCCUGCGGUGAGAAAGAGACUUUCACCGUUGAAUUUGAUUCCCAAAAGGGCAGCCUGUCAUUGGGGAUUAGAAGUGCUCUCAUUCCAAUUCAGGUCAUAGGUGGUCCAUCAGUGCAAGUGCGUCUUUGCGCAGUGGUGACUGUGCCGUCAAUCUCUGUUUCCUCAGACACACUGCAGUUUGACAUUGUGCGGUGUGGAUUGUGUAAGAUUCAAACAAUGCAGCUAUUUAAUCAUGAAUCCGUGCCCUGCCAAUGGAGCAUAGUGGAGGAUGUGAAGCCUGUAAAGGUUGAUAAAUUCCUGCCCCUCCAUCAGCGCAGCAAAUAUCUGCAGCAGCACCCGCCACCACCUGUGAUGUUUGAGAUGACUCCUUCUUCCGGUAUUCUCACCCCCGGCGAACGGGUCAAUGUGCAGGUCAAGUUCAGUCCCACUGAAGGGUGUCUUUACAAGAGGCAUUUAAUAAUAACUGUAAAUGAGGGCACCCAGCCGGUGAUCAUCACAGCCCUGGGACAGGGUGAAGACCCAGAACUGGUCUUUUGUCCACCAGAGUUGACCAUGGGGCCUUGUCUGCCAUUCAGCAUGGAGAUUGAAGCAGAGGUCAUCGUUAAAAACCCUUGCUCUUACCCCAUUGAGUUCUACUCUCUCGAGUUUGACACACAGUACUUGAAGGAAGAAAAGAUUCUCAAUCUACUGGAUGGAUAUGAUGCAAACGAUGUACUGUUGUUGCCUCCAAGAUAUGCCGGGGAGAGUCUUCCUGUAGAACUUAUGGACUUCUACAAGGAUCACUGCUCUCGGCUAAAAGAUAAAAACGUAACUGGAAUGAGUCUGCAAAAACGAAGAGGUGGCAAAAAGGGUGAAAGACGUAGAACUGAACUCAUCAUUUCAGAUAUAAUGAAAGCAGAAGCUACUGGGAGUCUAGGAACACUCGAGAUAAACCCUUUGUCCAGUGCAGUUGCCCGCUACAUGGGUGUUGACCUGUCACCUAAAGGUCUAGCUGCUCUGAACUGCAGAGGCAUUGCUAUCAUUAUAUAUGGAGCCCCAUUAACAGAUCAAAGCAGCAAAGCGACUGCUCUGGCCAAUCACUAUGGAGGGGCUUGUCUAAGUAUGGAUGCGAUGCUCGCUGACUCACUGAUGCAUGGGACUUCCCUCGUUAGCUUGGCUGGAAGACAGCUGUUUAACCGUGCUGCUGAGGAGCACGCUCAGAGGAUGGAAGAAGCUGCUCAUAUAUCUGCAAACAUCGGCUCUAGGCCGGAUUCCCCCGUUGAAAACACAGAUCCAAACUCAGUUCCUACUGAAACUCCUUCAAAACAUGCUGAAAGCAGCAGCAGUGACAUGAAAGCUCCAAAAGAAAAAGGGAGCACAUCCAGCAGCCAGGCAAUAGAUAAGGCCACACUCAGCAAUCUCUUGCCUGAACAGCUCCUGGUUGAAAUCCUAACAGAGAGGUUUCAGUUCGAUGACUGCUAUUGUGGCAUCAUAAUUCAUGGUCUUGAUUCAGUCUACACCAAGUCUGUGACAUACUCUCUUCAAGUUGUUCUCAAGGCCCUUAAGAACCGGAAACAUAUUUAUGUGAUCAACUUAGUUGACACAUACAGUGCCCUAAAAGCUCGGAAAAGGGCACAAAAAAAAGCUGAAGAUGCCAUGCUGAAGGAAAAAGCACUACUGGAGGAGGAGUGGCUGCAGAACAUGGAUGAAGAGGAAUACGAAGCUCUGCCAGAGGAAGAGAAGGAGCGUAUUAUUGAACGACAGAAACAAAAGAAACUCAAAGUUCUUGAACGAAUCAGGAAAAUGCAGAAGGACAAAAAGCAACAAGAUGAAAUGAAGAAACUCCGACUAGAUGAGUUAAAAAAGAAGAGUAAAAAGGGUACAGUUAAGGAAAGCAAACAAGCGUCAAGGAAGAAGGGUUCCGUGGAGAGUAAGCAGUCAUCUAGUGCAAUGGCCGCUCCUCGAAUGCCAUCUUCAAAAGAAUCCCUAGUGGACAAGAAAGAUCAACCUUCAAAUGACGCAAAGCAAGGCAAAGAAGAAAAGAGUAAAGAAGACACCAUGAGAGACAUGCAGUCUGAUCCAGCAGCAGAAAUGCCUACGGUAGAUAAACUGCACGGAAUGUUCAAUGCAUAUGAAAAGUGCCAGACCCAAGUGGACCACAUUCUCCAUCACUGGGACCGUGAGAAGGGCUUGUUGCGGGUCCCACUACCUGGUCAGGAGCCUCCGCAAUCCCAAGAGGAGCACCCAGCAGAGAAGCAGGCCCCUGCAGCAAGGAAGAGCAAAAAAUCCACCAGCAAGAUCCCGUCCCCAAGCAAUCAGAUGGAGCCAGCCAAAGCAGAAAAGGCAGCAGAGAAACCAGUCAUUAUCCCUCACAUUGUUCUUAAACUGGCAGGCAAAGACUAUCCAGAUGUAUUGGAAUUGCUCCGAAGAAAAGACCUGCCUCCACUACAUGAGGUACUUGAUGAGCUUGGUUUGGGAACGGGCGCUCUUUCUAUCCCUCCACCUAUUAUCUUCUCAGUGGUCCAUCUACCCAAAAAUAGGGAGCGGAAUAAAAGACAACUGAACUGUAACUGUUUUACCUUUCUGAGUCGUUCUGCCGGAGAUGAACGAGAUGAGAGAAAAGAGGAAGAUGAUGAAGAUGUACAAUCGAUCAAGACUCCAAAAGGUCGCAGAGCAAGUGCAAAGCUUAUGAAGGAAAAAGAUAAGAAGGGCAGAGAGAGUCAGAAGAGUGUAAAAAGGCCUGCUGCCCUUCCAAAAGCCAAAGGUUUGGAACAAACUUUAACUUCGGCACUUGCUUCUUCCACAACUGAUCUCGCGGAACAAGAUCCCCACCAUGCAAGUGUGGAGCAGAAACGCAACCAGAGCCUCACAGCAUUUCGCUGGGUUGUACCAGCGAAUGGACAAGUGGUGUUGAAGAUAUGGUUUUACUCUGGCUCCCCUGGGAAAUUUGAGCAGACCUUCAACUUUGAGCUACUCGGGACUCACAAAGUCUAUCAGCUCCUCUGCAAAGGAAUUUGCACAUUUCCCUCCUUCUGCCAAGACUACAAGGUUCUUUUUCCCUAUUGUCGAGAUGUGCCAAAAUUCAUCCAGGGGAUCAAGAGGACAUAUGUUGUGAAUCCCGGAUUCUAUGAGUUUGGACCAUUACUCUGCAGCAAGACCAGAGACAGGUACAAGGACAAUCGGUAUCCAGAAAACACAGAGAGAAUGGUGAUCAAGAAUAAUUCCGGACUCGAGGCCGAGAUUCAGUUCCAUUUCCAAAAUGACACCCAGGCCAUCACAUACAUGUUAGAUCCUCCCAGCAUGACUCUACAACCUGACCAGGAGCAGGAGUUGACGGUCUGGGCUUACCCAACAACUCCGGGAGAAAUCAAGGACAAUAUUGUGUGCUGUAUCAAGGAUAAUCCAGAGGUUUUCACCAUCGCUCUCUCCUGCUUGGGAGUGAGACCAGAGCUGGAGCUCGAAAGCAAGCGUAUGCAUUUCAACAGGGUUUUACUUCACAGGCAGGAGAGUCGAAGUGUGAAGCUCCACAACAGGACUCCUCUGCCAAUAUCUUGGAGGCUUCAUGGCUUAGAGGAACUAGGCGAUGAGUUCAGUGUAUCUCAGGACCACAGUGUCGUUUUACCCAACACUUCCCUUCUCCUGACAAUGCACUUUUUGGCCAAAAAGCCAUUGAAUAUUAAAAAGCAGUUACGCCUUGAGGUUUCGGAUGCAGAAAAUAUUUUGGGCGUCUUAUACACUGACAAAAUACAGGUCUCUGCAGAGGGCUUUGAUAUAGCCAUGGACAUCACGCCAGAUGGCUGUCUGGAUUUUGGAACUAUAAAAGUCUUUGAAGAGGUAGAACGUACCAUCAAACUGAAAAACCAAGGAAAAUAUGAAUUUGUAUACAAGAUUUUAGUUGGGGACAAAAACCCCAACCUAAUCUCAGCCUUCACGAUGUCCCCUGCAACUGGUACCUUAAUUCCUCGAAAAAAGUACACAUCGAUUCAGAUUGUCUGCAAACCCAAGAAGGAAGUCUCCGUCACAGACAAGCCUGUCCUCUCCUGUCAGGUGAUUGAACCAAGCAUUGGGGAUGGAGGACAUAUCGUAGCCAUUUUGCCCAUCAAUGUUACAGUCCAGUCGGUCUUUUCCAGGUACACAAUCUCACCUUCGUGCGACAUCAAUUUUGGUCCUCUUGUUUAUGGCUCCAAGAAAAGUCAGACCUUCAUCAUUGAGAACAGCGGAAUAUUUGAGACCCAUUACACCAUCUCCUGUGUGGGCAUCGGCAUUUGCCCUCGAGCAAGGCAGGGUGGUAAGAAAGCCACUCGAGAGAGCACUUCAGAGAAGUCUCAUACACCCGGGACCAAAAUGAAGAGUGAGUCCUUCCAGAAAGACUCAAACGUCUCACAGAAUCGACUCAGCACAGGAGUAUUCGCGGUGUUCCCUUGCACGGGAACAAUGCAACCAAGGACCCGGCAGGCAGUGACGGUUGAAUGUAUCGCUGAACAGCUUGGCAGCUGGAGCCAGAAUUUGCUUAUCGACAUCAGUGGCCGUGACCCCUCAGACCACCCUGAAGGCAUACCAUACAAACUGAUAGCUGAAAUUUGUAGGCCAGGCAUCGUGUUGGACAUGGCCUCUAUCUUUGAGGAGCACCAUUUAUGUCAAAGCAUCAGUCAGUUAACAUCGGAACAAUUUUUCAGUGCUGAACAAGUUUUUGUCCUGGAGGACAACAAGCUCAUUUUCAACAAAAUUCUCGUGGGGCGAACUUCUCAGGCUCGCUUAAAACUCACCAACAACAGCAAGGUGCCAUACACACUCAACUUGGGCAUCAGAUAUGUUGGCAUUAAGAUGUCCGGCAAUGUCGAUGUUUUUGAAUUGUCUUCUCCAACACUGUUCGUUCCCGGCCAAUCCCAAGCAUUUACAUCUUUGAGCUUCACGCCACACACGAUGCAUCUCUACAAUGCUGUGUUUGAGGCUACGUUUGAUAAAAGCAGCAGAAUAACAACAAACCUAAAGACCAAGGUCCUGGAGUUUGACAUAAUUGGUGAAGGCUGUCUGCCGGUUGUGUCCGUGAUACGUCCAGCCAGUAAAUCAAAUCCAGUCUUGCGGUUCAGACGGACAUUGGUAGGGCGUACUAAUACGCUACCCUUGGUGCUGUUAAAUGAUGGCAAUGUGCCAGCUCAGGUCCAGAUUGACAUGACAGAUAAACACGAUGUGUUAACACUCAGAGCUGUUCCUGAAAACAAAUGUGGCACCAUCAACUUCUCUCAAUUUGAGGACACCCUUGACUCUGCACUUCGGUUAGUCCACAGAGCUUGCCUGAAACUUGAUGUAAAUGAGGAGGUUGAAUUUGAGGUCACUUUCUCCUCAACCAAACCUCUGAGAGUGGAUGACAAGAUUUCAGUGCAAGUAAAGGGCAGCCUUUACAGCAAUGCUACAAUACAAGUGACUGGAGAGGCUUACCAGCAACUCGUCAGUCUUGACAACCUCAGAAAGCCGCCAAGAGAAAUGAAUCCAAACUAUGAGGAGGAAGAUUAUUCCGACUUGCUCAGUUUUGGUCACUGCCAUGUAGCUUGUCCAGUCAGAGAGACUUUCACUUUGAUGAAUCACAGCAGCAGCAACCAGGUGGUCAGAUUUGAGUGGCCCUCCGAGGACUCAUAUCUCACCUUUUCACCACAGGUUGGUCACCUCCAUGCAGGCUGCUCUAAGGAAGUGGCAGUCAUCUUCUGCGCCAAAGGACGAGCGACACUAACAAAACAGCAAAUUACAUGCAAGAUUUGUCAGGUGACAUUCCAGCUGCCAUUGGAUCAGGUUCCUGAUUGGGAUGACCAAAAGAAGACCAUGCAAGGUUCAUUGACACAGCCACAGCAAACUGGAAAGAAUAAGAAACAAAAUUCUGAGCCAGGUUGCUCCGUGGUCAAAGGCUCAGAUUGGGAUUUGCAUUUACGUGUCAGUGCAGUUUGUGACUUUGUGAAGUUUAGCUGCAACACCACAAAUAUCCGAUUUAAAGACACUUUGGCUUACCAAAGCAGCACCCACCAAGUGCAGAUAGUUAAUGAGGGUACUGUGAGACUGGAGUUUUCUUGGCAAGUCUUGAUAGAUUCAAGCAGCUGUCCAAUGAGCCAAGAAGGUGGCAUGUCUUCAAGGACCUUGACUGAGGAACAACCUCCCAGCACUCUGACCACUGAGAGGUCUCUUCUGAUGGGAAGCCCCCAUAUGCAUUAUUUUACUGUGGAGCCAAGUAUCGGGGCCAUUUUGCCCGGUACUGUCCAAAUUUUCUGUGUUUGCUUUUCACCUUUGGAAGCUGGCCAGUUCCAAGGGAGAUUGCACUGCAGUAUCCCUAAUUUACGUGCUGGGGCUCAGGGGCCAACCAUCUCGUUUUGUGGGCGCAGCAUAUUGCCCCAUUGCCACUUUGACCUUGAAGACUCUGACUAUAUCAGCGGGAGCCGACGCAAUCCCGAGUUCAGGACUUAUUUGGAACCUAACAUCAGAGUGAUAGAAUGUAAAACUCUUGGCCUCUUCACCCCAGCAAAAAGAUCUUUUACUGUGUUGAACCCAACCAACGUAGCAUACUCAUUCCAAUGGAAAUGUGAAGACACCGGUAACAGUCCAUUUAGUUGCCUCACACCAUAUGGUUGCAUUCUGCCUGGAGAGAAGUCAGAGAUGUGCUUUAAAUAUGUAGCCGAGCGGGUUAAUGAUGUGGAGUCAUUCUGGAGCUUUGUGAUUGAGACGCUGUCUCUGUCCAUGCCCUUCCUUUGUGUGGGCUCCAUGAGAGAACCUCUCGUCUACUUUGAAAUACCUCACAUCGACUUUGGCGAACAACUUAUUGGUAAUAAAGUGUCACAAACAGUGAAUAUAGUGAAUAGAGAAAAGGAACCGUUUCACUUCACUGUUUUGCAGCCAUCAUUACUCUGUGAAGAUCAGGAGUCCAACCUCAUUUUGCAGCCAAUGUCUGGCACGGUGCCGGCCAAAGACAGGUUGCCCUUGUCAGUGUCCUUUAGUCCUUGCCGACAGGGAUACGUGAGCUUCAAAAUAACCCUGAGGGUGAAGAGAAAAUCCAAGUUACUCAUCCUCACUUGCAAGGCACAUUGUUUUAAAAUGACUGCCUCUGUACAAGUGGAAAAUCCAGAUGGCGGCCUCAGAGAGCUGAGUCCUGACAUUUUAGAUACUUUAGACUUUGGAAAGGUGGGAAUUUCAGAGCAAGCCACCUUCAAUAUCCUGGUGACCAAUACAGGGAGACACAACAUGGAUGUGAACUUUGAACUGGAAGGGCCAAGUGAGCUGCUUCAACACCUACUAACAAAACCCAAAAAAUCCACCAUCGCUAUUGGGCAGAAGCUGCAGUCUGCAAUCUUCUUUUCUCCCCGGAGCAGUUGUACCCUCACAGACAUCAGACUGAUUAUCAGGGUGAAUAAAGGCCCAUUGUUUACCAUCGCUAUUGAAGGCAGAGGUGUGUCACCCGAACUUGAAUUCUCUUUCACAAAGUACAACUUUGGCAAGAACUUUGUGUAUUGUCCUGUUUUACUGCUUUUGUUUCUUCAGGUGAAUAAAGGCCCAUUGUUUACCAUCGCUAUUGAAGGCAGAGGUGUGUCACCCGAACUUGAAUUCUCUUUCACAAAGUACAACUUUGGCAAGAACUUUGUGUAUUGUCCUGGCAUGGUGCCAGCAUCCCACACUCUUGUGUUAAAAAAUAAAGGCAACAGGGACAUCAGCGUCAAGUGUCAAUCGAAAAAGUGCUCGUUCCUGGAAAUUGGAUUCAAACCAGAUGUUUUGUGCCCUGGCGCAGUGGUGGAGGUUCCUAUCACCUUUUACCCCCGUGAGCCACGACGUUACCACGAAAGCGUCAUCUUCUUAAUAAACAGCUGCAUCAAAGAACAGGUGGACAUUUGGGGACAAGGAAUUGAAUUGAAGUUGGGUGUAUUGGCUCCUAAGCACCAGAAGGUGAAACUUGGAAAUCUGACACCCGGUCAGAAAGUUGUAAAACGGGUGCAGCUAGUCAACCGAAGUAUUUUGGACAUUUCCUUCACCUUGCAGCUAGACACAAAAAAGCCACAUCUCGAAACCAAGGAUUUAUCAUUCAGCCCAGAGGCCGAGCUGUACCUCAAAUGUCUUCAAGGUUCAUGUAAUGUCGAGAUUUUGUUCACACCCCAUCAGCGUAUUUCUCCCUUUACUGCUGAGCUGAAUGCUGAGAUUGACAGCUAUUUACAUCCCCUGCUGACCAUCCAGGGAUGCUGCCAGGGUGUAGAGGUGCGUCUCGAACAGGACCACCUCGGGUUUGGAGCAGUUGUCCAGCAUUGCCAGGGCAAAAAGAAAGUUGUCAUAAUCAACACAGGAGAACUUUGUGCCCGGUUUCAGUGGAAAACUGAAGACUUUCCUCCAGAGUUGUCCGUCCAUCCAAGUAAAGGCUCGAUCCAGCCAGGAACGGAGGUUCCUCUAGAAUUUACAUUUGCCCCCGUUCGCUUGAAUAAUGACUCAAGAUACGAAAACUUAACUUGCUGCAUAGAAGGCACCGCUUCACCCAUCACUCUCACUGUGACGGGCUCCUGCAUUGCAGCCGCCUCCAACAAAGAGGUCAUCAAUUUUUCUUGCCCAGUGCGUGGUUCACACACCCAGACGCUGUCUGUGGUCAACCCAACAAACCAGCGUUGCAGCAUACGACCUGUCAUCAAUGGCAAGCACUGGAGAGCUGCGCCGUCUGUGGUUCUCGAGCCUCUCCAAAGCAACUCCUAUGUGGUCACCUACAGACCGCUGACCAUGACUGUUGAUGGAAAGAAACAUUUGGGGUCCGUUUUUUUCUCAUUCCCCAACGGAGCUGGCAUGCUGUAUUCGUUACAAGGAACUGCUGAAGCUCCUAAAGCAGAGAGCACGAUUGUACAUGAACUACCUGCCAAGACCCAUCACACACAGAUACUCCCUGUGACCAACUGGCUCUCAAAGCAGAAACGGUUCCUUGUCAUCAUAGAGUUUCUAAGUCCUGAAAAUCCAGAUACUACGGUGUCUCUAAAGGGUCGUGAGUACAUUGAUGUCCCGGCUUUGUCUAAGAAGGACUACAAGAUUCAUUUUUACACAUUCAGAGAGGGCCAGUACAACGCCAAGGUGACAUUUCUGAAUGAAGCAUCGGGGGAGUACUUGUUCUACAUUAUUAACUUCAAGGUUACCAGCCCGGUAGAUUUGUCUGUAGUAGAAUUGGUGUCAAAUGUCCGCGAGAAGACUUCAGCCACCAUAGAAGUGGAGAACCCUCUGACCACACCUAUCUGCCUCACAGUUGACUGUAAAUGCCCUGACAUCAGUGCCCCAAGUCUGCACACUGUUCCAGGAAUGUCAAAGGGUGCUCUCACCUUCGACUACCAGCCGCUCCGUGUCGGCGAGACGACCUCCCGGCUGUCUCUGUUUUGUAGUGAUCUUGGUUACUUUCACUAUGGUCUUCUUCUCCGAGCACUGCCUCAACCACCAGAGAAGACAAUUCAAUUCAGCGCGUCUCUGGGGAGCAGCCACAGUGUUGCUGUUAAGUUCCUCAACUUCUCCCACUUCAAAACAGAAUAUGCUUGCAAGACUGACUGCCCAGCGUUCCUUGUGAACAAGACUGUGGCUGCAUUGCCAGGUAACCAGACAGGAUCUCAAGUCAGUGUGGAGGUUUGUUUUGAGCCUUAUCAGCUUGGAGAAGUGAAAGGCCAGCUUCACCUGUCUUCUGGAAUCGGGGGUGAAUACGUCUUUCUAUUACAUGGGGUUGGCCUCCCUUCCAAAACACAAGGACCGUUCAACAUUCGGAAUGGCCGUAGCAUCUCUAUCCCCUUCAAAAAUGUGUUCCUGCAGACCACAGUAUUUUCUUUUCAGGUGGACAACCCCUGUUUUACAGUCAAAGCAGCAGACACCUUCCUCUCUAAAAAAACACAACCCAUCCAGGUGUACUUUGUGGCCCCAGAAGGAGGCUCGCCAGGGCCAUGUAUUGGCAAAUUGACCAUCACCAACCAAGCCACAGAGGCGCAAAGUAUCUGCUCAUGGAUUUAUUACUUGAGAGGGAACCUGCUGGAGUCAUCCUAGUCCCAACAAAGAUGGAGUUAGCAGAACCACAAAUAAUACUAGUUCAAAAUGUUGUGAUUUCCUGUUAAAAAAACAGUUUGUUGUCACAUGUAUAAAUAAAUGAUAAACAAGCCAAUGCCGUCCCAAAAUAAAUCCAACAAUACUGUACAAUAUAGCAGCGAUCCCUGACCACUAGGCAGUGUACUAAUACCAGUCCAUGGGACAUUUGGUACUUGCCCGCACAGAGACACUGAACAUAAAAUAUAGUUCAUUUAUCUAUGAAGGUAUGAAAUAUAUUUGUUCAAAAUUUGCUGUUUGAUAGAUGUCAAGCUAUUCUUUUCAGGCAUGUGAUAUAGAAGUAAAGAGUGACCCCAGGAGCUAGUACACAAAAACAAACGAUCAAAAAAAACACUUCUUCUGAAAGGUAAAAAGAUCAAAUGAUGAGACCGAAGAAGAGCCGACACCUUCCAAGAAAAAGAAAGCUGCAUUUGAGAAACAGUCCAUCAAGAAGCAACCCGCAUCGGCACUCGCUGUAAUGACCAAUGACCACACGAGGGCACUCGUGUUUUGUCUAUUGACACCUGUCUGUGACCAAAGUCCCAUCUCUUUUUGGCCAAAAUUGUGUUGUUACGUUCACAUAUGUUUGGAAGAAGAUGGAAAAGACAAGUUGAUAGUUCCUUUCAGUACUACUGGGUGUAAUAAGGAAUAAGUCAGGAUAUGGCCGCUUACACCCUUGAUGUCAUCAUUGUGUUUUGUUUCACUAAAUCUGGCACUUCAUGUGCCUUUCGUUCGUGAUCAUUUGUGGAGGCCUGAUUGAAUCACCCUCGUAAUCCCACCCCCAACCUCUUAAUACCACCAUCAUAUGGAAGCCAUCAAUUACAUAUAAAAGGGUAAUAU